AUGUUAUCACGAGGUUCAUUAACUGUACAAUCGAAAUCAACUUCAUAUAUUGUGCGUCACUCUAUUCUUUUAUCAGCCAAGCAUCACAAUGAAUAUUGCUGGCAAAAACAACGUAUUGGCCAGAGAGAAAUUGUUGGGCCAUCAAGUGGCGGAUAUCAUUUUAUCGAUUCAACUGAUCGUCCAUAUCCUCCAUUGAGAUUUCGAGCUGAUGAUGACAUUAUCAAACCAAUUCGAGAAAAAGAAAAAGGGGAUUGGAAAAAUUUAACUAUAGAAGAGAAAAAACUAUUGUAUAGAUAUUCCUUCCGACGUACACAGGCUGAAUUAUUGGGUUGGAAUUACUACUGGAAAAUGUAUUGGGCCUAUACGUUAAUAUGGAUAUCCAUUGGUCUUGCAUUUUUAGGUGUACUUAAGCAUUAUAGUAAGUUGUUUAGUUUCCCACCCCAAGUACCUACAAUGAACGAUGACUGGAAGCAUUAUACAAUGCGAAAUAUUCUAAUUUUGGAAAAACCGUUUUGUGAAGGAGCAGCAACGAAAUACGAUUAUGAAGAUGAUCGUUGGAAGGAUUAA